UUUGUAAAUAAAUUCUAGCUAAACUUAUCUUUUCGGCAUAUAGGCGGCGAGAACAAAAUAGAGAGAGCAUAUACAAAAACACGUUGCUAAAGUUGGAGAAGAAAAUGGAGCAACCUUAUGUGUAUGCUUACCCACCAGGCACGGCUCCUCCGCCUCCACAAGGCAGUGGCAUCGCCGGAGUGAUAGUGGAUCCAAGGUUCUGUGCUCCGUAUCCCGUGGAUCUGGCGAUCGUGCGGAAGAUGAUGAAGUUGACUGACGGUAACUUCGUUAUAACGGACGUUAACGGGAACUUGUUGUUCAAGGUGAAGGAGCCGAUGUUCGGUCUUCAUGACAAGAGGAUUUUAUUGGAUGGUUCUGGAUCUCCGGUCUUGACUUUGAGAGAGAAGAUGGUGAGCUUGCAUGACAGGUGGCAAGUAUUUAGAGGAGGGAGUACGGAGCAGCGUGAUCUACUGUACACGGUUAAGAGAUCGUCGAUGCUUCAGUUUAAGACCAAACUUGAUGUGUUUUUGAGUCACAAUAAGGAUGAGAAGAGAUGCGAUUUUAGGGUGAAAGGGAGCUGGUUUGAGCGCUCUUGUGUCGUCUACGCCGGCGAAUCUGACGCCAUCGUUGCCCAAAUGCACAAGAAGCACACGGUGCAGAGCGUGUUCUUGGGAAAAGAUAAUUUCUCGGUGACGGUUUAUCCAAACGUGGACUAUGCCUUCAUUGCCUCUCUCGUCGUCAUUCUCGAUGAUGUUAACCGAGAAGACCGCGCCGCCGCCGGCAGUAGCUGAUCAGAUCAGACGGUGUGCAUGUGUGUGUGUGAGAGAGAGGGCUUGCUCACGUAGUAGUUAUGCUUUUGGCUUUGUAUUGUACUGUACCUAUAUAUUCUCUAAACUUUGGAAUGUGGACUUGUUCUUUGUGUGGUGAUCUUUCCAGUUGUAAAAUAAUACAAAUGUAUGUAUAGUUAGUCAUUCACGCACUUUC